CCCAAACAUCCUGCCGGUGGGGUCACAUGACUCGGUAGUGUCGUGGAUCAGCGGAAGGACGCAGUUUGACGCAGCGGCCGCGAUGAAAACGACCCAAAUCUGCAAGAAACACUGAAGCGAACGCACAUUUGGAGGCCACGGAGACAACGAACCGGAACAGAAAACACGCAAUGUAACCUUGUCUUUACAGUAUUAUUCAUGUGGAGAAGCUGGAGUGAACAGGACACCUGAGCAGAGUGGGACAGAGUCCAUCUGUGGUCCAGAUGAAGUGUUUGCUGAUCGCCAGUGAGAGCGCUGAGGUUCUGUUCAACUGGACCGACCCGGAGUUUCAGCAGAAGAUCCAGGAACAGUAUGGGGCGUCCCAGGAGGAAGGUCAGAGGCUUCCAGCCUUUGAGGACAGCAUCAGCACUUUAUUUGCUCCCAUCAUCAUCUCGUGCAUCACCAUGGUGGACCGGCUGGGCGACAGCUACGCCUCCUUCACCACAGAAAACAACCACAUCUAUGUCCUACACCAGUUUGACGAGUGUCUCUACAUCGCUGUGAACGGAGACGGUGAGGAAGGUGAAGAUGAUCUGAGGAGGAAGAUCUACGUGAUGAAGAAGAUGAUUGAGGUGCUGUUCGGUAUGGUCACCCUCAGCAGUAACCUCCUCAGACGAGAACUACGUCCUCAAGACACAGAACAAAGAGCGAGGCUGUGGAAACAUCUUCAGAGUCUGCUGGAAACCUACAGCCACAUCCGAGAGAACGACCAGAGCUUCUUAGUCGAGGCGGUUGAGAGGCUGAUUCACCCCACCCUCUGUGAGCAGUGCAUUGAGUUUCUGGAGCGCCGCUUAGUUCAGCAGCUCAACAGCAGCAUAGAGCGAGCAGGAGAGGAGGUGAUGCAUGCCUUCAUCCUGGUUCACACCAAACUCCUGGCCUUCUACUCCAGCCGCAAUGCGAGCACCCUGGUCACCUCAGACCUGCUGACCCUCAUCAUAAUGGCGCAGAAUAUGUACCCAAGUUGUAUAGACCUGGACGACCCAAGUCCUGAGGAUGUGGAGAGUACUUCUGGUUCUGGGCCUGAAAGUUUUUACACCCCAGAGCCUUCGCCCACGUCGAGAGAUUCAGAUGGUUCAGACAAGCCAUUUAAAUGCAGCUCUCCUGUGUUUGAGUUUGUGGACCCAGAUAUCCAGAUGGCGGAGGACAGCCUGCAGACUCUUGAAGUCCCACCUCCUGACCCUUCAACCCCUCGCAGAGUUUUCCUAGAGGUGUCACUCAAGGAGGGGCUGUAUCCCAUGAUGCCUCAUUCCAUGUACUGUCUUCCACUCUGGCCUGGGAUUACAUUAGUGCUGUUAACUAAGAUUCCCACCAGUGCUGUGGCCAUGUCAGUGUAUACAUAUUUGGAAGCCUUUGCCAAGUUGGAAAAGCGUCUGAGAGAAGGUCAAGAGGGUUCUGCUGCCACUAGAGGUCAGCCGACUAUACACGACCUCCGAAGCAAACUUGACAAAUUCAUCAAAGCCUUGGGUCCGAGUGAUAUACAGUCUGCACAGUUGCAAAAUGUCUGGACAGAGUUCAAAACCAGAGCCUUUGGCAGAGGAGGACCAGGCUUCAACAGAGAUUUGAUCCCGUGGUGCAAGAAUAUGAAGACCCAGCUUUGUGGUAUAUAUCGACAGUGCUUUCUUAUUGAUCCUGGACCUUCUGAUGUUCCUCGUCAUCUCUCCCCUGGUCUGCAGGAACGGGCUCAGACCUUGGUCCAAGAGAAACUGAUGGACUGGAAGGACUUCCUGUUGGUGAAAAGCAGGAGGAAUAUCACCAUGGUCUCGUAUCUGGAGGAUUUCCCAGGCCUCAUCCAUUUUAUCUGUGUUGACCGAUCCACGGGCCAAAUGAUCGCACCUUCGCUUAACAUCACAGAGCGCAACACCUCUGAGCUCGGGAAGGGGCCUGUGGCUCAGUUCAUCAAAAGCAAGGUGUGGAGCUUAGUGAACACGACACGCCGUUAUCUCCAGAAGGGCUACUCCACCGUCACAUUACGGGAUGGAGAUUUCUACUUCUGCUAUUUCCUGUGGUUUGAAAACGAAACCGGCUACAAGUUAGAGGCCGUGGAUCUUCCUAUCUUACCUGAUGACUCUCCCCCAAUUGGAAUGCUCUCGUGGGAUUACUACAGGAAGCUGCGUCGGUACUACAGUAAGAACCACCAGGGUGAGGUGGUGAAAUGCUACGAGCUGCUGACCGUUCACCUGGGCGUUAUCCCUUCAGAGAUCAUCCUGCAGCACUGCAGACAGCUGGCAAGCAAACUGUGGGAGCCUUCUCGCAACCCACUGCUAUAAACACACUCCCUCACACACAAACGCAGACUGAGCCACAGUGGACACGGUACACACUGGUUACAGUGCCAGGAGUGGAAAGAAUCAUGAAUCUCGUUUCCAUAGCUGUCAAUGAGUAGGAGGUUUUAUAUAAUAUAAUUUACCGCACUUCAGUUUAUAAUUAGCGCAAUACAAUUGUGCUUUUAAUGCACUAUAACUUAUCUUAGCAAAAUCCCUCUUUAAUAUUUGUAUUUUAUCACAUGACCAGUUUCCUAUUUAUUAGUAAUGUAUUAUUGCUGUGUUUUGGUUUGUUUGUUUUUUUUUUCACUUUUUUAUCUACUGCUGAUUGACUUUUAUAAAUGUAAAUGUAAAUUUUUCAUUCUCCUGCUUCUGCUACCGAUGAUGUUACUAAUAAAAAAUACAAACACUUCGUA